CAUAACCUUACUUUAUAUUGUUGCAUACCUAAGGCAUACCUUGAUCCCCUUGAUCAAAACAACAAUAAAACGAUAUUAUCUCAUUCAAACAAGGUGACCUUACUUAAACUGAAUGCGUUCUGUUAUUUAAUAUUUGGACAUGGAAGUCAUGUAUCUGGGAUUAGCUAUACCAGCCGCAGUGGCCAUAUUCAUCGUUUCAAGAGCACUUUAUUUGAUUAUACAGAUAAUUUCUUCAAAUUGUCACUUAGAAAAACAUGCAUCUUUACGUACCAUUCUGUGCAUUGGAUCUGGUGGACACACAACAGAAAUGCUUCGGCUCUCAAAAAAGCUAGAUUUACAUAAAUAUCAAGAUCGCUUGUACAUAAUUGCUGACAACGACACUAGUAGUGAAAUAAGAAUACAUAAAUCAAUUGAGAAAGGUACUAAUUACACUAUUAGUAAAAUACCCAGAAGUAGGAAUGUGAGGCAGUCAUAUAUUACGUCUGUAUUCAGUACUCUGUAUGCUACUUUACAUACAGUUCCAGUUGUGUAUACAUUCAAACCAGAUGUUAUUUUUUGUAACGGCCCCGGUACAUGUAUACCUAUUUGUAUAGUUGCUUUUAUGUUACGCUGUAUGUUUUUAUUGGACUGUAGGAUAGUGUUUGUAGAAAGCAUUUGUAGAGUAAGAACCUUGUCAUUGUCAGGCAAGAUUUUACAAUAUUUUGCAGAUGUAAUGGUUGUUCAAUGGCCUUCGUUACGAGAUGUGUCCCCUAGAGCUAAAUAUUUUGGAAGGCUGACAUGAAUAAUAUGCUGAACCUCUUUAACCCUUUACCUGGCUAAGGGAUAUAUAUUUCCCACAUAUGGCACUUCAAAUGUGUGUCCUAUUUUAGAUGAGGACUGACAUUUGACUGUCAUUUUUGAAAUAUCAGCCAGGCUGAAGAGUUGCACAGGCUGUUUGGUACAUCAUUUGCCAAAUUAAAACGGCAGAUAGGUUGAAUCAUUUGCUAUAUUCUCAGGCCUAAAAUUUUUAAUUUGGUGCACAUUUUUUUUCACUUCUAUGCCAGAUUUUUUGUAAAUUUCAAAUUUUUACUUGCAUAGUAGUAAAAAAAACCAGGGCCAAUUUUGUUUUUCUAGACAUGAGAAGAUAGCAAAUGAUUCAACCUAUCUGCCAUUUUAAUUUGGCAAAUGAUGUACCAAACGACCUGUAUAGUGUUUUGUAUUAUUCGAAAUGAACAAAUUGCUUGCACUACAAUCUUAACCUUCUUGUUUGAACAAUAAAGUUUAUAUUUAAGCAAAUUACCUUGUUAUUUGUUGAUAUAAUUAGAUAGUCAUCCUGUUAACUCCCUUUAUACAAUUAAAACAAUAAAGGCCUAAAGGUG